UCUACUGUCACUUCUAUACAAACACUGGAUCUGAACUCAGCCAACACGUCUCAUUUGGACCGAGUCUGCACAGCCUGGGGCCACUAUCACUUCAAGACCUUUGAUGGAGAUUUCUUCCAGCUGGCCUCCACCUGUAACCAUGUGCUGGUCUCCCUCUGCAAAGGAAGCUAUGAGAGUUUUAACGUGCAGAUGAGGCGCAGCCUGGUGGACAACAUUCCCACCAUCGGCAGCAUCACCAUGAAGCUGGAUGGUUCAGUGGUGGAGCUCUCCAACAGCUCAGUCAUUUUUAACGGCCAGCUGGUGUCUCUGCCAUUCGUUGCAUUUGGAGUGACCAUCAAAAGGACCACAUCAAGCAUCUUUGUUGAAGGGAGUCUUGGGAUUAAGGCUGUCUGGAACCUGGAUGACUCCUUAGACAUCGAACUGGAUGAGAAAUAUCAGAACCAGACCUGUGGGCUGUGUGGGAACUUUGACAAGAUAUCCAAUGAUUUUAUGAAAGAUGGAGCUGUGCUGUCUGUGGUGGACUUUGCUGAAAUCUACAAAGUAAACGGGCCCACUGAGACCUGCGUGGAGCCAGACCUCAGCCCAGUCCAGAGCUGUGGGGACCAGCUGCUCUGUGAGGAGACCUUCUCCAAUGAUCCGUUUAGCAGCUGCCAGAACCUUCUUGAUGUUGAAUCAUUUACCAAAGCCUGCAUGGCUGACAUGUGCAACUCAGAAGAAAACACAGACGCCAUCCUCUGUAAAACCAUCUCAGAGUUCUCCAGACAGUGUGUCCAUGCAGGAGGAAGCCCCCAGCCAUGGAGGAACCAGACGUUCUGCUACAAGCCGUGUCCGUUCAACAUGGAGUUCAUAGAAUGUAGCAGCCCGUGUCAGGACUCCUGCUCCAACCCACAGGCCAGUCAGACCUGCGACUCCCACUGCCACGAUGGCUGCGGCUGCCCGCCCGGAAUGGUGUUUGAUGACAUCGGCGGCACAGGAUGCAUCACAGCUGAUCAGUGCCCAUGUGUGCAUGGGAAGCGGAUCUAUCGGUCCGGAGAGUCCUACUCAUUCAACUGCAGAUCCUGCGUUUGUCAGAGCGGCCACUGGACGUGUGCAGAGGAGAACUGCUCAGGAACCUGUUCGGUGGAGGGAGGAGCUCACAUCACCACCUUUGAUGGAAAAAUCUACACCUUCCAUGGAGAUUGCUCCUAUGUUCUGGCAAAACAGAGUGACGGCUCUUUGUACACCGUGCUAGUGGACCUGGUCAAAUGUGGUCUAACAGACAGCAGGACUUGUCUGCGAGCUGUUACUCUGGCUCUGGGCAGCAACGCCGUGGUCAUCAAAAUUCAAGCAUCUGGACAACUUUAUGUCAACAACAUUCUCUCUCAGCUACCAUUGUUUACACCGGAGAUGAGCGCCUUCAGGCCGUCGUCCUUUUAUGUGGUAUUCAGCACCAAAGUUGGAAUCCAAGUGAUGGUCCAGCUGUCUCCUGUCAUGCAAGUCUUUGUUUCCGCUGAUGUGUCACUUAAAGGAGCCACGUCAGGAUUGUGCGGGAACUUCAACAACAUAAUGAGUGACGACUUCCAGGGGAUCAGUGGACUUGUAGAGGGAACCGCUGCAGCAUUUGCCAACACCUGGAAAACUAGAAUCAGCUGUCCCAACAUUGUGCAAAACUUUGGAAAUCCUUGCAGCCAGGACAUCAACAGAGAGACAUAUGCACAGUACUGGUGCUCCAAACUGACAGAUCCUGUGGGAGUGUUUGCUCCUUGCCACUCUGUUGUCAGCCCCAGCUCAUACAAAGAUAACUGCAUGUACGACAGCUGUAACUGUGAGAAAAGUGAGGAGUGCAUGUGUGCUGCAGUGUCUUCGUAUGUCUACGCCUGCUCAGCAGCAGGAGUCCACAUCAGAGGCUGGAGAGAAGCCAUCUGCGGAAAGUUUAGCCAAUCAUGUCCAGAGGAGACAGUUUAUGAUUACAACAUGACCUCCUGCGGUCGGACAUGCCGCUCCCUCAGCCUGGCAGAUUUCUCCUGCCAGGUCAGCUUUGCCUCUGUGGACGGCUGCGGCUGUGCUGAGGGAACCUACAUGAACGAAGAGGGAAAGUGUGUGUCCAGUGAAAGCUGUCCCUGCUAUGAUAAGGACACCUUUAUCCCCGCUGGACAGGCUAUCAUUAAAGACGGAGUAACAUGUGUCUGCAGACAUGGAGCCCUGAGCUGCUCAGGAGGAACCAUGCCACCGACUUCCACAUCAUGUGCUGCCCCCAUGAUUUAUUUGGAUUGCUCCACUGCUCAGCCUGGGACCAAAGGGGCUGAGUGCCAGAGGAGCUGCAGCACAGCGGACAUGCUUUGUAUCAGCACAGGCUGUACGUCCGGCUGCGUGUGCCCAGAUGGCCUCUUAUCAGAUGGAGCAGGAGGAUGCAUCAAUGAGACAAACUGUCCAUGUGUUCACAACGGACAGGUCUACCAGCCGGGACAGACUCUGACAGUGGACUGUAACACCUGUUCAUGUAGUGGAAGAAAGUUCACUUGCACCAACAAUGUGUGCAAUGCAGUUUGUGGGAUCUAUGGAGAUGGUCAUUACAUCACAUUUGAUGAUAAAAGGUUUGACUUCAAUGGAGAAUGUGAAUACACGCUCCUCCAGGAUUACUGCAGCCCUGGUCAGGGAAACGGUAGCUUCAGUAUCAUCACAGAGAAUGUUCCAUGUGGAAGCACAGGAACCACCUGCUCCAAGAACAUCAAGAUCUUUCUUGGGGAUAAUGAAUACCAACUUAAAGAUGAAAGUUUCCACGUGGUCAAAGGAAACAUCAAAGUUCUCCCUGCUUCAGUUCGGAAAAUGGGCCUUUACCUGGUGGUGACCAUCCAAUCAGGACUUGUUGUCACGUGGGACAAGAAAACCAGCCUUUUCAUUUCCCUCAGCCCAGAGUUCCAGGGUCAAGUCUGUGGUCUUUGUGGGAACUACGACGGCAACAGUAAAAAUGAUUUCAAAACACGUUCUCAAGAGACAGUGACGGAUGUUUUAGAGUUUGGAAACAGCUGGAAAGUGUCUUCUAGCUGCUCCAAUGCGCAGCUUCCCAGUGACCCCUGUGCUUCCAACCGGUACCGAGCAGCCUGGUCCCAGAAACAGUGCAGCAUCAUAACCAGUGGCCAGUUUAAGAAGUGUCAUUCCAAGGUUGAUCCCGGCCCGUACUACGAUUCCUGUGUGAGAGACUCUUGUGCUUGUGACACUGGGGGUGACUGUGAGUGUUUCUGCACCGCUGUGGCCGCCUACGCCAAAGCUUGUAAUGCAGCUGGGGCCUGCAUCAGAUGGAGAACGCCCAAGAUGUGCCCUAUUUUCUGUGACUACUAUAACUCCGAUGGUGGCUGUGAAUGGCAUUACAAGCCCUGUGGAGCAGACUGCAUGAAGACAUGUAGGAAUCCGUCCGGAGACUGUUCCAAGCUCAUCAACAAUAUGGAAGGCUGUUAUCCAAAGUGUCCUCAAAUCAAGCCAUUCUUUGAUGAAGACACCAUGAAGUGUGUUGCCUGGGACCAGUGUGGAUGCUUUGAUGACAAGGGGACCCAUUAUUGCCUAGGAGAGCAGGUCCCAUCCAAACCCUGCUACACAUGCUCCUGUACAUUAUCUGGGAUAAUAUGCGACUACAGCGUUAAUUCUUGUACAUGUACAGUUAAUGGAAAAAUUUACAACUAUGGUGAUAUCAUCUACAAUACCAUAGAUGGUCUGGGAAAUUGCAUUACAGCUGAGUGUGCAGCCAAUGGAACAAUAUCAAGAAGCAUGUACCAAUGCACCAAUACAACAACGGCUAUGCCUUCCACAUCUCCAUUUACAUUUAGCACAGCUCAGACCCCCACACCAGCUGCAUCAAGUACAAAAGGAGUUACAACACAACCAGGGGAAACAACUGAACAAACAACAUAUGCUACUACAACAGUAACUGAAACCAAAACUACAGGAAACCAAACCCAUAGAUCCACAACUGCGUAUGUAGAAAUGACCUUUCCUGGAAAAACAACAGUGGAGAUUGGAACAACAACACCUUCAAAGGUUGGCACAACAGGCCCAGUGACUGGCUCUGUAACAGAAAUUUUAGAGACCACAACUACAGUACCAGGAAGCACUACAAGAGGCCAAGAAACACCUGUUACCUCUAAACCUUCUAUUGUUACUAAAAUCACAACAACACCUUCCGGAACCACUGGGGAAACAACAACUAAAGCUUCUGAAGCAACUACAACUCAAGGUCAAGGAACCAGUGUGGGUACAAGAAAGCCUGUUCAGACUACCACUGGUAAAUUAACAUUCUCCACCACAGCAGUUUAUGAAGCCACAACUUCAGUCCCUGAGGGAACAACAAAACGCAGCGAAAGUACAAUUGUAUCAUCAAAGCCCUCUCUUCUUACAACAACUACAAAAGGCCUGUUCAGCACAACCCAGAGAGCAACAACUGAGUCUGCAGAAACCACCUUUGCAGGAACAACAACAGUGGAGAUCGGAACAACAACACCUUCAAAGGUUGGCACAACAGGCCCAGUGACUGGCUCUGUAACAGAACUUGUUGAGACCACAACUGCAGUACCAGGAAGCACGACAAGAGGCCAAGAAACACCUGUUACCUCUAAACCUUCUACUGUUACUAAAAUCACACUAACACCUUCCAAAACCACUGGCGAAAAAACAACUAAAGCUUCUGAAGUAACCACUUCUGAAGCAACUACAACUCAAGGUCAAGGAACCAGUGUGGGUACAAGAAAGCCUGUUCAGACUACUACUGGUAAAUUAACAUUCUCUACCACAGCAGUUUAUGAAACCACAACUUCAGUCCCUGAGGGAACAACCAAAGGCAGCGAAAGCACAAUUGUAUCAUCAAAGCCCUCUCUUCUUACAACAACUACAAAAGGCCCAAUCAGCACGACCCAGAGAGCAACAACUGAGUCUGCAGAAACCACCUUUGCAGGAACAACAACAGUGGAGAUUGGAAAAACAACACCUUCAAAGGUUGGCACAACAGGCCCAGUGACUGGCUCUGUAACAGAACUUUUAGAGACCACAACUAUAGUACCAGGAAGCACAACAAGAGGCCAAGAAACACCUGUUACCUCUAAACCUUCUAUUGUUACUAAAGUCACAAAAACACCUUCCGGAACCACUGGGGAAACAACAACUACAGCUUCUGAAGCAACUACAACUCAAGAAACCACCUUUGCAGGAACAACAACAGUGGAGAUUGGAACAACAACACCUUCAAAGGUUGGCACAACAGGCCCAGUGACUGGCUCUGUAACAGAAAUUUUAGAGACCACAACUACAGUACCAGGAAGCACAACAAGAGGCCAAGAAACACCUGUUACCUCUAAACCUUCUAUUGUUACUAAAGUCACAAAAACACCUUCCGGAACCACUGGGGAAACAACAACUACAGCUUCUGAAGCAACUACAACUCAAGGUCAAGGAACCAGUGUGGGUACAAGAAAGCCUGUUCAGACUACUACUGGUAAAUUAACAUUCUCUACCACAGCAGUUUAUGAAACCACAACUUCAGUCCCUGAGGGAACAACCAAAGGCAGCGAAAGCACAAUUGUAUCAUCAAAGCCCUCUCUUCUUACAACAACUACAAAAGGCCCAAUCAGCACAACCCAGAGAGCAACAACUGAGUCUGCAGAAACCACCUUUGCAGGAACAACAACAGUGGAGAUUGGAACAACAACACCUUCAAAGGUUGGCACAACAGGCCCAGUGACUGGCUCUGUAACAGAAAUUUUAGAGACCACAACUACAGUACCAGGAAGCACGACAAGAGGCAAAGAAACACCUGUUACCUCUAAACCUUCUAUUGUUACUAAAAUCACAACAACACCUUCCGGAACCACUGGGGAAACAACAACUAAAGCUUCUGAAGCAACUACAACUCAAGGUCAAGGAACCAGUGUGGGUACAAGAAAGCCUGUUCAGACUACUACUGGUAAAUUAACAUUCUCUACCACAGCAGUUUAUGAAACCACAACUUCAGUCCCUGAGGGAACAACAAAACACGGCGAAAGUACAAUUGUAUCAUCAAAGCCCUCUCUUCCUACAACAACUACAAAAGGCCCGUUCAGCACAACCCAGAGAGCAACAACUGAGUCUGCAGAAACCACCUUUGCAGGAACAACAACAGUGGAGAUUGGAACAACAACACCUUCAAAGGUUGGCACAACAGGCCCAGUGACUGGCUCUGUAACAGAACUUGUUGAGACCACAACUGCAGUACCAGCUACCUCAGCAGUUUAUGAAACCACAACUUCAGUCCCUGAGGGAACAACCAAACGCAGCGAAAGUACAAUUGUAUCAUCAAAGCCCUCUCUUCUUACAACAACUACAAAAGGCCCAAUCAGCACAACCCAGAGAGCAACAACUGAGUCUGCAGAAACCACCUUUGCAGGAACAACAACAGUGGAGAUCGGAACAACAACACCUUCAAAGGUUGGCACAACAGGCCCAGUGACUGGCUCUGUAACAGAACUUGUUGAGACCACAACUGCAGUACCAGGAAGCACGACAAGAGGCCAAGAAACACCUGUUACCUCUAAACCUUCUACUGUUACUAAAAUCACACUAACACCUUCCAAAACCACUGGCGAAAAAACAACUAAAGCUUCUGAAGUAACCAGUGUGGGUACAAAACAGCCUGGUGAGGCUACCACUAGUCAAUUAACAUUCUCUACCACAGCAGUUUAUGAAGCCACAACUUCAGUCCCGGAGGGAACAACAAAACGCAGCGAAAGUACAAUUGUAUCAUCAAAGCCCUCUCUUCCUACAACAACUACAAAAGGCCCGUUCAGCACAACCCAGAGAGCAACAACUGAGUCUGCAGAAACCACCUUUGCAGGAACAACAACAGUGGAGAUUGGAACAACAACACCUUCAAAGGUUGGCACAACAGGCCCAGUGACUGGCUCUGUAACAGAACUUGUUGAGACCACAACUGCAGUACCAGGAAGCACGACAAGAGGCCAAGAAACACCUGUUACCUCUAAACCUUCUACUGUUACUAAAAUCACACCAACACCUUCCAGAACCACUGGCGAAAAAACAACUAAAGCUUCUGAAGCAACCAGUGUGGGUACAAAACAGCCUGGUGAGGCUAUCACUAGUCAAUUAACAUUCUCUACCUCAGCAGUUUAUGAAGCCACAACUUUAGUCCCGGAGGGAACAACAAAACGCAGCGAAAGUACAAUUGUAUCAUCAAAGCCCUCUCUUCUUACAACAACUACAAAAGGCCCAAUAAGCUUAACCCAGAGAGCAACAACUGAGUCUGAAGAAACCACCUUUGCAGGAACAACAACAGUGGAGAUUGGAACAACAACACCUUCAAAGGUUGGCACAACAGGCCCAGUGACUGGCUCUGUAACAGAACUUGUUGAGACCACAACUGCAGUACCAGGAAGCACGACAAGAGGCCAAGAAACACCUGUUACCUCUAAACCUUCUACUGUUACUAAAAUCACACCAACACCUUCCAGAACCACUGGCGAAAAAACAACUAAAGCUUCUGAAGCAACCAGUGUGGGUACAAAACAGCCUGGUGAGGCUACCACUAGUCAAUUAACAUUCUCUACCACAGCAGUUUAUGAAGCCACAACUUUAGUCCCGGAGGGAACAACAAAACGCAGCGAAAGUACAAUUGUAUCAUCAAAGCCCUCUCUUCUUACAACAACUACAAAAGGCCCAAUAAGCUUAACCCAGAGAGCAACAACUGAGUCUGAAGAAACCACCUUUGCAGGAACAACAACAGUGGAGAUUGGAACAACAACACCUUCAAAGGUUGGCACAACAGGCCCAGUGACUGGCUCUGUAACAGAACUUGUUGAGACCACAACUGCAGUACCAGGAAGCACGACAAGAGGCCAAGAAACACCUGUUACCUCUAAACCUUCUACUGUUACUAAAAUCACACCAACACCUUCCAGAACCACUGGCGAAAAAACAACUAAAGCUUCUGAAGCAACCAGUGUGGGUACAAAACAGCCUGGUGAGGCUACCACUAGUCAAUUAACAUUCUCUACCACAGCAGUUUAUGAAACCACAACUUCAGUCCCUGAGGGAACAACAAAACGCAGCGAAAGUACAAUUGUAUCAUCAAAGCCCUCUCUUCUUACAACAACUACAAAAGGCCCAAUAAGCUUAACCCAGAGAGCAACAACUGAGUCUGAAGAAACCACCUUUGCAGGAACAACAACAGUGGAGAUUGGAACAACAACACCUUCAAAGGUUGGCACAACAGGCCCAGUGACUGGCUCUGUAACAGAACUUGUUGAGACCACAACUGCAGUACCAGGAAGCACGACAAGAGGCCAAGAAACACCUGUUACCUCUAAACCUUCUACUGUUACUAAAAUCACACCAACACCUUCCAGAACCACUGGCGAAACAACAACUAAAGCUUCUGAAGCAACCAGUGUGGGUACAAAACAGCCUGGUGAGGCUACCACUAGUCAAUUAACAUUCUCUACCACAGCAGUUUAUGAAACCACAACUUCAGUCCCUGAGGGAACAACAAAACGCAGCGAAAGUACAAUUGUAUCAUCAAAGCCCUCUCUUCUUACAACAACUACAAAAGGCCCGUUCAGCACAACCCAGAGAGCAACAACAGAGUCUGCAGAAACCACCUUUGCAGGAACAACAACAGUGGAGAUUGGAACAACAACACCUUCAAAGGUUGGCACAACAGGCCCAGUGACUGGCUCUGUAACAGAACUUGUUGAGACCACAACUGCAGUACCAGGAAGCACGACAAGAGGCCAAGAAACACCUGUUACCUCUAAACCUUCUACUGUUACUAAAAUCACACCAACACCUUCCAGAACCACUGGCGAAAAAACAACUAAACCUUCUGAAGCAACCAGUGUGGGUACAAAACAGCCUGGUGAGGCUACCACUAGUCAAUUAACAUUCUCUACCACAGCAGUUUAUGAAGCCACAACUUUAGUCCCGGAGGGAACAACAAAACGCAGCGAAAGUACAAUUGUAUCAUCAAAGCCCUCUCUUCUUACAACAACUACAAAAGGCCCAAUAAGCUUAACCCAGAGAGCAACAACUGAGUCUGAAGAAACCACCUUUGCAGGAACAACAACAGUGGAGAUUGGAACAACAACACCUUCAAAGGUUGGCACAACAGGCCCAGUGACUGGCUCUGUAACAGAACUUUUAGAGACCACAACUAUAGUACCAGGAAGCACGACAAGAGGCCAAGAAACACCUGUUACCUCUAAACCUUCUAUUGUUACUAAAAUCACAAAAACACCUUCCGGAACCACUGGGGAAACAACAACUAAAGCUUCUGAAGCAACUACAACUCAAGGUCAAGGAACCAGUGUGGGUACAAGAAAGCCUGUUCAGACUACUACUGGUAAAUUAACAUUCUCUACCACAGCAGUUUAUGAAGCCACAACUUCAGUCCCUGAGGGAACAACCAAAGGCAGCAAAAGCACAAUUGUAUCAUCAAAGCCCUCUCUUCUUACAACAACUACAAAAGGCCCAAUAAGCUUAACCCAGAGAGCAACAACUGAGUCUGAAGAAACCACCUUUGCAGGAACAACAACAGUGGAGAUUGGAACAACAACACCUUCAAAGGUUGGCACAACAGGCCCAGUGACUGGCUCUGUAACAGAACUUUUAGAGACCAAAACUAUAGUACCAGGAAGCACGACAAGAGGCCAAGAAACACCUGUUACCUCUAAACCUUCUACUGUUACUAAAAUCACACCAACACCUUCCAGAACCACUGGCGAAAAAACAACUAAAGCUUCUGAAGUAACCAGUGUGGGUACAAAACAGCCUGGUGAGGCUACCACUAGUCAAUUAACAUUCUCUACCACAGCAGUUUAUGAAGCCACAACUUCAGUCCCGGAGGGAACAACAAAACUUAGCGAAAGUACAAUUUUAUCAUCAAAGCCCUCUCUUCUUACAACAACUACAAAAGGCCCAAUCAGCACGACCCAGAGAGCAACAACUGAGUCUGCAGAAACCAACUUUGCAGGAACAACAACAGUGGAGAUUGGAACAACAACACCUUCAAAGGUUGGCACAACAGGCCCAGUGACUGGCUCUGUAACAGAACUUUUAGAGAGCACAACUAUAGUACCAGGAAGCACGACAAGAGGCCAAGAAACACCUGUUACCUCUAAACCUUCUAUUGUUACUAAAAUCACAAAAACACCUUCCGGAACCACUGGGGAAACAACAACUAAAGCUUCUGAAGCAACUACAACUCAAGGUCAAGGAACCAGUGUGGGUACAAGAAAGCCUGUUCAGACUACUACUGGUAAAUUAACAUUCUCUACCACAGCAGUUUAUGAAGCCACAACUUCAGUCCCUGAGGGAACAACCAAAGGCAGCGAAAGCACAAUUGUAUCAUCAAAGCCCUCUCUUCUUACAACAACUACAAAAGGCCCAAUCAGCACGACCCAGAGAGCAACAACUGAAUCUGCAGAAACCACCUUUGCAGGAACAACAACAGUGGAGAUUGGAACAACAACACCUUCAAAGGUUGGCACAACAGGCCCAGUGACUGGCUCUGUAACAGAACUUGUUGAGACCACAACUGCAGUACCAGGAAGCACGACAAGAGGCCAAGAAACACCUGUUACCUCUAAACCUUCUAUUGUUACUAAAAUCACAACAACACCUUCCGGAACCACUGGGGAAACAACAACUAAAGCUUCUGAAGCAACUACAACUCAAGGUCAAGGAACCAGUGUGGGUACAAGAAAGCCUGUUGAGACUACUACUGGUAAAUUAACAUUCUCCACCACAGCAGUUUAUGAAGCCACAACUUCAGUCCCUGAGAGAACAACAAAACGCAGCGAAAGUACAAUUGUAUCAUCAAAGCCCUCUCUUCUUACAACAACUACAAAAGGCCCGUUCAGCACAACCCAGAGAGCAACAACAGAGUCUGCAGAAACCACCUUUGCAGGAACAACAACAGUGGAGAUUGGAACAACAACACCUUCAAAGGUUGGCAUAACAGGCCCAGUGACUGGCUCUGUAACAGAAAUUUUAGAGACCACAACUACAGUACCAGGAAGCACGACAAGAGGCCAAGAAACACCUGUUACCUCUAAACAUUCUAUUGUUACUAAAAUCACAACAACACCUUCCGGAACCACUGGGGAAACAACAACUAAAGCUUCUGAAGCAACUACAACUCAAGGUCAAGGAACCAGUGUGGGUACAAGAAAGCCUGUUCAGACUACUACUGGUAAAUUAACAUUCUCCACCACAGCAGUUUAUGAAGCCACAACUUCAGUCCCUGAGGGAACAACAAAACGCAGCGAAAGUACAAUUGUAUCAUCAAAGCCCUCUCUUCUUACAACAACUACAAAAGGCCCGUUCAGCACAACCCAGAGAGCAACAACAGAGUCUGCAGAAACCACCUUUGCAGGAACAACAACAGUGGAGAUUGGAACAACAACACCUUCAAAGGUUGGCACAACAGGCCCAGUGACUGGCUCUGUAACAGAACUUGUUGAGACUACAACUGCAGUACCAGGAAGCACGACAAGAGGCCAAGAAACACCUGUUACCUCUAAACCUUCUACUGUUACUAAAAUCACACCAACACCUUCCAGAACCACUGGCGAAAAAACAACUAAAGCUUCUGAAGUAACCAGUGUGGGUACAAAACAGCCUGUUGAGGCUACCACUAGUCAAUUAACAUUCUCUACCACAGCAGUUUAUGAAGCCACAACUUCAGUCCUGGAGGGAACAACAAAACGCAGCGAAAGUACAAUUGUAUCAUCAAAGCCCUCUCUUCUUACAACAACUACAAAAGGCCCGUUCAGCACAACCCAGAGAGCAACAACUCAGUCUGCAGGAACCCCCUUUGCAGGAACAACAACAGUGGAGAUUGGAACAACAACACCUUCAAAGGUUGGCACAACACGCCCAGUGACUGGCUCUGUAACAGAACUUUUAGAGACCACAACUAUAGUACCAGGAAGCACGACAAGAGGCCAAGAAACACCUGUUACCUCUAAACCUUCUAUUGUUACUAAAAUCACAAAAACACCUUCCGGAACCACUGGGGAAACAAUAACUAAAGCUUCUGAAGCAACUACAACUCAAGGUCAAGGAACCAGUGUGGGUACAAGAAAGCCUGUUGAGACUACUACUGGUAAAUUAACAUUCUCCACCACAGCAGUUUAUGAAGCCACAACUUCAGUCCCUGAGGGAACAACAAAACGCAGCGAAAGUACAAUUGUAUCAUCAAAGCCCUCUCUUCUUACAACAACUACAAAAGGCCCGUUCAGCACAACCCAGAGAGCAACAACAGAGUCUGCAGAAACCACCUUUGCAGGAACAACAACAGUGGAGAUUGGAACAACAACACCUUCAAAGGUUGGCACAACAGGCCCAGUGACUGGCUCUGUAACAGAACUUGUUGAGACCACAACUGCAGUACCAGGAAGCACGACAAGAGGCCAAGAAACGACUGUUACCUCUAAACCUUCUAUUGUUACUAAAAUCACAACAACACCUUCUGGAACCACUGGGGAAACAACAACUAAAGCUUCUGAAGCAAUUACAACUCAAGGUCAAGGAACCAGUGUGGGUACAAGAAAGCCUGUUCAGACUACUACUGGUAAAUUAACAUUAUCUACCACAGCAGUUUAUGAAGCCACAACUUCAGUCCCUGAGGGAACAACCAAACGCAGUGAAAGCACAAUUGUAUCAUCAAAGCCCUCUCUGCGUACAACAACUACAAAAGGCCCGUUCAGCACAACCCAGAGAGCAACAACUGAGUCUGCAGAAACCACCUUUGCAGGAACAACAACAGUGGAGAUUGGAACAACAACACCUUCAAAGGUUGGCACAACAGGCCCAGUGACUAGCUCUGUAACAGAACUUUUAGAGACCACAACUACAGUACAGGGAAGCACGACAAGAGGCCAAGAAACGACUGUUACCUCUAAACCUUCUAUUGUUACUAAAAUCACAACAACACCUUCCGGAACCACUGGGGAAACAACAACUAAAGCUUCUGAAGCAACUACAACUCAAGGUCAAGGAACCAGUGUGGGUACAAGAAAGCCUGUUCAGACUACUACUGGUAAAUUAACAUUCUCUACCACAGCUGUUUAUGAAACCACAACUUCAGUCCCUGAGGGAACAACCAAACGCAGCGAAAGUACAAUUGUAUCAUCAAAGCCCUCUCUUCUUACAACAACUACAAAAGGCCCAAUCAGCACAACCCAGAGAGCAACAACUGAGUCUGCAGAAACCACCUUUGCAGGAACAACAACAGUGGAGACUGGAACAACAACACCUUCAAAGGUUGGCACAACAGGCCCAGUGACUGGCUCUGUAACAGAAAUUUUAGAGACCACAACUACAGUACAGGGUAGCACGACAAGAGGCCAAGAAACACCUGUUACCUCUAAACCUCCUACUGUUACUAAAAUCACACCAACACCUUCCAGAACCACUGGCGAAAAAACAACUAAAGCUUCUGAAGUAACCAGUGUGGGUACAAAACAGCCUGGUGAGGCUACCACUAGUCAAUUAACAUUCUCUACCACAGCAGUUUAUGAAGCCACAACUUCAGUCCCUGAGGGAACAACAAAACGCAGCGAAAGUACAAUUGUAUCAUCAAAGCCCUCUCUUCUUACAACAACUACAAAAGGCCAGUUCAGCACAACCCAGAGAGUAACAACUGAAUCUGCAGAAACAACUUUUACAAGUACCACAUUAGGUGUUAUAACGGGACAGUUACACUCAACAAGAGGAGUUACUGAUGCUUUGGUGAAAAACACAACAACCAUAACCACACAAAACCAUUUAAUAGGCACAACCAUUAUCGCACCGUUAACAAAGACACUUCCUGGAACUGUAACAGUUUACCAAACUAGAUCCACUAUCCAGACAACCACAGCAAGGGUCCAUUUAUCUUCACCACAUUCGACAGCAUCGUGCAUGUGUAUUGUUAACGGAACAUCUCAUCAACCCGGGGACCUGUUAUACAAUGUUUCUGAUGGCCUUGGGUGGUGCUACAGUGCAUAUUGCAAUGCCUCUUGUAAAGUUGAAACACAAUCCACCCCUUGUCCAACAUAUAUACCUAGCACUACUGCACAUUCCUCUUCUUCACUGUUCAGCACAACGAAUGCCCCUAUUACAAGCUCAGUACCCCUGUCCACAACCAGAGCAGCAUCUACAGCUAUCCAAGUCUGCUAUGAUGGAAAUGUACCCAAACAGAACGGAGAAUCCUGGGUGACUAAGAACUGCAUGACAGCUACUUGCACAGAAGGCGAGAUAACAGUCACACCUGUGGUCUGUCCAAACGUAACACAACCCAUCUGCACCAAUGGGAGGAAACCUGUCAAGAUCUAUGAACAGAAUGGAUGUUGCUUUCAUGAAGAGUGUGAAUGUGUUUGCAGUGUCCUGAGUGGAUCCUACUACACUACUUUUGACGGCCAAAUGUACAAUUCCCAACAGAACUGCUCCUGUUACUUGGUUAAGGAGAUUAUUUCUAAAUAUAACCUGACCAUCACAAGAAGCAAUGAGUGUGAUCCUACAGACACCACAUUCUGCCCUCUGACUCUCACCAUCACCUACCAGUCAUUGGUGAUAGUUUUGACUCAGAUUAAGAGUUCAGGAACACCAACAAAUGUGGUCUAUGUAGACCAGAAACGCAUAUAUCCAGCCUAUAGCAAUUCUGUCCUGCUCCUGUUUGGCACAGAUAUGGAGAUCAGUGCAGAGAUACCAAAGAUCAACACAAAAAUCAUUUUUAGGGGCUCCUCCUUCAGCAUCGACCUUCCCUAUUCACUGUUUGAAGGAAACACUGAGGGACAGUGUGGCACUUGUGACAACUCCCCGGCCAAUGACUGCCGUUCUCCAAACGGACACAUUGAAAGCUGCUCAGAAACUGCAAGACUGUGGACUAUCCCCGGAGCGUCCUGUCCCACUCCCAGCCCCACCUCACCUGUUACCACAGCAACACCUGUAACUUCAUCACAGGGGCCAUUCCCAACCACACAACCCGCCUGCAAACCUGCCAUCUGUGAGCUGCUUAGGAGCAGCCUUUUUGCACCGUGCCACACCUUAAUUUCCCCUGAAUCAUACGUGAAAACCUGCACCUAUGAAAUCUGCAACGGUGGAAACGACACCUGCUCCAGCCUGGAGGCGUAUGCUGCUGAGUGUUCCAGCGUUGGUGUUUGUAUCGACUGGAGGAAUUCCACCGGUGGACUGUGUGAGCAUAGAUGUCCGAGCAACAAAAUCUACAUGGCAUGUGGCCCGUCAGUAGAGCCCACAUGCAAUGACAGAUACAACAGGAAGUUUCAGGCAGAUGCGACAUCAGCUGCUAACGUCACCAAGGAAGGCUGCUUCUGUCCGCCGGGCACCACGCGGUUCAACUCUGUGUAUGACACAUGUGUCACUUCCUGCGACUGUGUUGGACCAGAUGGAAAACCCAAACAGCCUGGUGAUACAUGGACAAGUGAAUGCAACACUUGCGAGUGUGACGGCGAUUCGAUGAGUGUCCGCUGCGAGCCUGUGAAGUGCCCUGAGGUCCAGAGCCCCAACUGCAGCGAGCCCGGCCAGCAGCUGAUCAACAAAACAGAAGGCUGCUGCACAACACAGAGCUGUGAAUGUAACUUGAACCUGUGUGCUGCUCCUCCCUCCUGCUCACUGGGCUUCCAGCUGAACGUUGCCAACGGGACCUGCUGCCAGUCCUACGAGUGUGUUCCUAAAGGUGUGUGUGUCUACGACAUGACUGAGUUCAAGCCUGGUGCAAAGAUACCGACACCUCAGCAAGCAUCAGAAGCUCCACUGGAAGAACCAUCAGUAGCCAGAACCUCUUCAGAAACAGUCCUGAAUGGCUCUGAUACUCCUGCACCCUGCCAGGAGUGUUACUGUGGUCCCAAAACAGAUCCCACCACCAAGCUCCAUAUCAUCACAUGCACACCGGUGCUCUGCAACACCAGCUGCUCUCAAGGAUUUGAAUAUGAGACCAAGGCAGACGCCUGCUGCGGGACAUGUGUCCAGAAGAGCUGUAUUUUUACGUACGACCAGAAUGUACAUGUUAUUGAGGUCAACAGCACCUUUGUGCCUCCUGGUGACAAAUGUUUGCAGUACACAUGUGAGAAGAUCAAUGGCCAGAUUGUGAUGAAGGAAACAAAGACCACCUGUCCUCCCUUCGACCCGCUGGACUGCGAACCUGGAACCGAGACAACUGAUGCCAGCGGCUGCUGCAAAACCUGCAAACUGCAGAGCCUCUGUAAGGUGGACAGCAAGCUGACCGUCAUGGAGGUGAAUGGCUGUGUGAGCGCUGAGCCAGUUAACGUCACAUCAUGUGCCGGACGCUGCAAAAGCUCAUCUAUAUACUCAGCAGCAGCUAACACGAUGAUGCACCACUGUGAGUGCUGCCAUGAGGCCAAGACCAGCACAAGGCGUCUGGAGCUGACCUGUUCUGAUGGCUCCAAAGUCCAGCACAGCUACACCCAUGUGGAAACCUGCCACUGCAGCAAAGAGGAAUGCCCAAUCAGCAGCACAUCUAAACCCCAGCGCCGCCGGAGACGCUGACCUGUCACAAGCUGACCAUAAAUCAUGCAACCUUUCCAACCUGUUCUUAUGUAUAGUGCAAUGUGCUCUUCUACAGGGUCACUGUUAGAAAUAAAACUCCUUCUGUAUUUCUCUGUCUUACAAAGAAUAAAUAUAUAUCAGCAAAAUUA